AUGGCUCGAACAGGAUUUGCUAUUCGAGGGAUGUCAGAUGAAGUAGCUAUUGCCCUUCGAGCUUCUUUUGUUAGACCUAGAGUCAGGAGACGUAUCAUUUCCGAAGAUGAAGCUGAAAUUUCUCCUACCCGUGCCUCCUCUCCGGUUAAUAUUGUUUCCGAUGAUGAAACCAUUCCCAGGGACACCAUUGAAUCCACUCAACGUCUCUUCACUGAGGGUUUCGAAAGUGGUGAUCUAGGUCCGGUUUUAGAUGAGGUUCCUCUUUCCUCUUCCAUUCCUAUUCCUUCUUUAGUUUCAACUCCCCCUUCCUCUGUUCAGCAUGCAGAGGAGGGUUCUAGUAGCAGAAGUUUAGCUAUGAGGAGUGUAACACUUGAGGCCAACCUUAUUGGCACGGAGUUGAUGGGAAGAAUUUUCCUUUUAGAAAAGAAGGCUCGUGAAUCUGAUAAGACUAUUCUCGAGGCUGAGAGGGUAGCUAAGGAAGCCCAGCUGGAGCAAAAGCGGACUCUGACUUCGGAUUUAGCGAAGGCCAAGGCUUCUUCUAGUAAAGCCGAGAAGGACAAGGAGCGCCUCGAGUGUUCCUUUUCAGAGCAAUUAUCAAAGUCAAAUGAAGCUCCCGUGACUGAAGAACCUUUAAAUGAAGAAGCUGCUGCUGUGACAAUUGAAGUUGAAAAUGUUGCUAUUCCAGCUCCCGAGGGUGAAACAUCUAUGAAUCGGUUUGAGGAAACUGACGCUUCCGUGGCUCUUGCUCCCCUCGAAGAAUCUACCAUUUCAAUCCCAGCUGAAACCGCUUCUGUUGCUGUUUCUUUAGAAGUUACCGUUCCUGAAAGUGAAGCUGAUAUCACAACUUCUGAUGCUCCAGCACCUCAGUGA